AUGGCAGGCGGGGAUCUCCGAUUGCUGGUGGUUUUCCUGGUGAGCGCAGUCUCUGCCCUGCAUGAGAAACAUGGCAAUGACGAGCCUCCGGUCAGCGGCUACUCGCUGCCCAGCCCGGCCGCCUCCGGACCCGCGGCCAGGGCGCUGACGUCACCCAAGCAUGCGUCUCUCCUUUCACAGGCGACGCCAUACCGGUUCGAAUAUGAGGUAGCCUCUGAGGAUACCGGCGACCAGAAGUCGGCCAGUGAGACGCGUUCGGAGGACGGCGUGGUGCGCGGCCAGUACAGCUACGUGGAUCCCACCGGGGCACUGCGCACGGUCCGCUACUCGGCCAGCGAGAGCACUGGCUUCGUGGUGGAACAGGAGCUCGUGCCGGGAUUCGCUGACCCACCGCCGGUGAGGAGCGCACUCCGGGCUGCCGGUGCAGCGCCGCUGCCGAGGACGAUGGCACCAGAGGAGGGACAGAAGCCUGGGUAUGGAGAACAUGCUGGGAAACAGGAGGAAGAAGUAAUUGUAAAUGUUGAGGGAGAGCUGAACAUUCAUGAGGAAAAGGAAAACGAACAUAUGAAAGAAGAUAUGGAGCACAAAAGUGAGAAAGAUGGAAAGGGAAAAAUGGAGGAAGACGCAGAGCAAAAGAGAGCAGAAGCUGAAAAGAAACAGGCACAAGAGAAGCUGAAAGAAGAUCAGGAGUUGAACAGAAAGCUGCAGGAGUUGAAACGGCUGCGGGAGGCGGCGAAGGAGCGGGAGAGGCUGCGGCGGCUGUUCGGGGUGGCUCAGCCUCAGCUGGCGGUGCCGGCGCCCCUUGUGGUGGAGAGUCCCACGCUGACCCUCCUGCGGAGCCGACCCGCCUUCGUGCCGCCGGUCCGAUCCGCCUUCGCACCUCCGGCUCGGCCUGUCUUCGUACCUCCCGCCGCCGGCGUGCGCAUUCGGGGACGGGGCAUCAACAUCGCCUACUGAGCCUGUGGCAGCGCCUGGCAGACCGUGACUGGGGGACGUGCCUUCAACAUCGAAGGCGUGGGGUGGUUUAGGGUAGAACUGGGUUGAGGGCUAGGUUAUACUACCUAAAGCUUUCAGAAGAUUCGAUAGUGUCGCGUUGUAGUGCCUGUCAGCGAGUGCUGCCUAACGAGUGCCUGUCUUAGAAAGUCUAUGUCCAGUUAGCUGCAGCCUUCUUCUGAGUAACAUAAUAUUUUAUCGGUUGCGGA